AUCAUCUGUGUAAUUGGCUUGUAAAAUAGCAGCAAAGCUACGCAUCCGAAGGGUGGCUAAAUAUCUAUACACUAUAACUGGGUGUGGCCAAAUACGGAGGGGUUAUUUAAGCCACUGCGUACAUGCGCGCGCACUCCUUUCUAUAACUCUGAGGCCUAUUCAGAUUGAGAUUUCCAAGUUGGGCAGUUUGGACGAAGUUUUCAUUCGCGAAGGACGUUUACACAUUAAGCUUCAUCAUGAACAUAUUAUUGGGAAACUGCGUUGGAAGUUGUGACCAGCUCGCUGGGCCGCCGCCGGAUUUUAUUCUUUCGAUGCCUCCACCCCCGUUGCCAUCAUUUUUGAUAACAAAGCCCAAGAAUAUAAAUAGCGUUCUACAGUCUAACGAGUCCCAGCCAUGUUUUGCAGCCUUUAUGUGCGGCCAAAACCAUCAGCAUAACGACAGUGGGAACGAGCUGAUGGAGCUUGUAAGGAGCGAUACGAAGAGUUUGGAGAACAUUUGGUUUUUCGUUUCAUCGUGUAUUGGAAUCUUUGUGCUCGGUUGCUUCCUAGCACUGAUACUUAUACGGUGCAGAGAUACCUUCUUUUCGUAUCACGAUGCGAAUAUCAAACAAACCGCAAUAAAUGCUUUGGGAGAGGCAACGAAGUCAAAUGCAUUCACCUCAGGCGGCAUCCUUUAUCCUUGUGCUACGGCGAACAGUCGAGAUUUGUUGCAGAGCCAACUGGUGAACGACAGCCGCUUGUUGUGGGCCACUCUGACGCCACAUGGUACGCGACACUUCAUAAUUGAGAACUCGGAUGGACACUAUGAAGCCGUUGAUUAUCGUGGUAAGGCCCAUAAUCAAGUUUUUCGAGGCUACGCUAAACAGUCGCAGCCGUUUGUGAAGUCUUUUGAUAACAAUGGUUUUGUGGACUAUGAUUACGAAGACCCCACGCCUCUGAUGGACUCCUAUCAUGACGAUAUGGACUCUGGAUAUCAGGAGCCCCAUGAAGUUAUUGGCUCCUUGAAACGCUCACCACUUCGUACACUCGUAUCAUCACCAUCAGGGAGUGAUCUUCCCAAGAUGAAUGGUGGCCCCAGCCUAAGCUCAAAUCAAACAACAUCCUCACUAUCGAUGAGCCGCAAGACGACACUUUCUAGACGCAUAAGUGACGCAUCUUCCCAUAACGGAACAUCCAUGUAAUGUCCAUUAGUUUUAUGUACUUAAAUAGCCUGCUUAUACGUCGAAAAUAACGUUAUGUAAAUCACGAAUAGAACCACUACCACUUAUGUAUAUGAAGGAAACACAAGAGCAAUACUGAGGCUUGACGGGCUCAUCGUCCACAAAAUUAAUGCAAUAACACUGUGUUUACAUACUAA